GCGUGACGUCACUGCGGUUACGCGACUAUAUAAACACGCGUGUGGGCGGUCUGGCAGAUUGUUUUGUGCUUGUGGUGUUGUUGAAGAUAACUGACAAUGGUGCAACUUUCAAAAAGUGAGAUGAGAGAUACGCUAAAGGCUGGUCACCCUCCUGCAGUUAAAGCCGGUGGGAAACGUGUGGUGAAGAAAAGUGGGGAGGAUAAUGCCAAUGUAGAGAAGGAAACCAAGAAAAUGGAUAAACAAAGGCCUCUGCCCACUCCUUGGAGACUUCAACACGUCAGUCUUCUACUGUCUGGUCCUCUUGAGAAGUUGGGCCAUGACUUUCCAGAAACUCCAGUUUCAGUGCGACACUGUCGGGUCAGACCUGGAGUGGAGAAACCACAUGUCCAACGAGCCUUCCUUAUCCAACAACCGCGCAAGUUUUGAGCCAAAAUGGCCUCCAUUGCAAAGUUUCUGAAGAAAUGAUGUGCGACAAUCAGGAAGUUGUUUGUAGAUGUUUGUAAUAAAUAAAUAAAUAAAUAAAUUUUGAGUAUAAUGUAACCAUGUUGGUCGUAGUAUUAGUAGCUUUGUAGCUUUUCAGACUGGGUAGACUGUAUUUGCAUAAACUGUUUCAAUUAAACUAUGCUGUGACAAAUGACGGCUUCCUUGCAAAUCAAUAACGAAUGUUUAUAAACUUGACAUUAAAUUGUAGCAUUAGUUAAUGGCAUAAUUUUUUUUAAAGUAAUUUGUUAUUUUUUAUACGUUUUCUUUUUCUACAAAUAGAAAUGACCAGUAAAUGACUUUUGCGCCCACACCAAAUAAAGUGGUGGUUGUAGUUUUUCUUUGUGUCCAUUAGAUGGCAGCAGACACCAGAUAUUUCUGGAACUGCAGUUUAAUUUAAAACAAACCUUUAAUGUUUUUGUCUAUAAACUGAAGACCGUGUAAUUGCAAAAAUAUUACCUUCUGAAUAUUAUUGACUGAAUAUUACUGACAAGGUUUAUUAUGCAGGGUCCUUGAAAGAAAUCAUUAUUGCAAUGUAAAGGGAGUGUUUCUAUUAAAGGUUACAGAAGAAAGAUG